CUGGCUGGUUAAGCCCCAAAGCCAAACCCACGUUGUCUCUGGCGCCUCUGUUUCGAAGUGAUUUUAAUCUCCUUAAAUCGGUCGUAUGGGUCUCUCGAAUUUCCCGAGUCCGGCGGAAGGGGUGCUGACGGUGCUGGUGAACACGGUGAACACAAUGGCUCUGUUGAAGAACAUGGUGAGGUCCGUGCUUCAGAUUGUCGGAGCCGCCGCCGGGAGUGGGGCAUCUUCGAAUGUGGAGGAGCCGACGGCGGAGGCGGAUAGUUGGAGAAGAGAAAGGAGAGUGUCGAUUACAAGGUUCGGAUCCUUGUGCGGCGGUGGCAUUGAGAGAGUGUGGCCGGCAAUGGAGUGCUCUGUUUGCCUGUGCAGGUUUGAGGAAGAAGAGGAGGUUGGCGAGUUGGCUUGCAAGCAUUACUUCCACAAGGGUUGUUUAGAAAAGUGGUUUGAUAACCACUACAGAACUUGCCCUCUUUGUCGCUCAAUCUCGUGAUUUGAUAACUCAAUUUUUUUAUGAACACCAACCAAACGACCCCCCUCUCUCUCUCCGUGGGUGUUGUUUGGGCCAUGUGCCCUCCGUUACUAACGUUAUAUUACACCUUAUUUAAUUAUAUAUGUUGAUUAGACGUUA